CAGCCCUCCUGUUUGUCAGACUCAGAUCCGAGGGAGAGGAGCUAGCCGCCAUUUUCUAAGCGUCUCUCCCUAAAACGAGAGAAAAAUAACUCGCGUCAAAACCCGCCGUGUGGACUACCCCUCGCUCGCUAGAGACGCUCUUUUUUUCGGUAGCGGAUUACCGUGAAAUCGUCCCGGUGUGAAGCGACUCGGGGGGUAGAAACUGAACGUUUCGCGGCCUUGUGGUGUAUAUUCCGCUGCUUGUUAGCAGCUAGCUACUAGCGAGGUGUGGAUCGUUGAUUCGCCCUGAAUCCGGAACGAGAACCCGAGCGGCUCCUCGACUGGGGCCUUUUUUUUGCUGGCGGGGGAAGUCUGGCUGUUAUUUUUGGGGGGCGGGGGGGGAUUACCAAAUGGCAGAUUGAUCAAUCCACAAUCGUGUUUUUUUUGGUGUGCGUUAGCACCCUUGUUUUUCUUUUCUCCACUAAAAACUGCAGGGAGAUUGUUGCCGAAAUUCCCUCGGAUAGUGCAACCUCGUCACGUGGCUGUCCUCCGGUGGGGCAGUAAGCGGGUGGUGUGGAGCAGGCCGCGGUGCCCGUCCCUCUGCACUGCAUGGCUGCGAUGGCGCCCGCUCUCACCGAUGCCCCAGCCGAAGCUCACCACAUCCGCUUCAAACUGGCUCCCCCAUCCUCAAGUCUCUCACCGGCCAGUGCAGAGAACAACGGUAACGCCAGCAACAUCCUCAUCCACAGCAGCGGCCCAGCUAAGUGCAAGACCGCGCCCGAAGAUUGCCCGCUUGACUUCUGCGUCGUAGACCAGGAACAACAACAACAACAACAGCAGCAGCAGCAACAACAACAGCCCCAAGCCGACUCUGUGGCUCAGGCCUCGGCCCUUGGAAAGCUCCAGCCACUUGUAGCCUCUUACCGAUACUCUGAUGUGAUACCUGUGCCCUCAACUAAGGAGUCACUCAAGUUGCAAGGAGUCUUUAUCAAACAGUCUGUGUUAAAGAACCACAGAAUACUGCCCAGCGCAGUGCUCAACGGCGGAGGAGACUUCCUGUUGAGGAAGAGGCAGGCUAUCGAACUGUCUGGUGGUCAGCUCAAAGGCCUCAUGAGUGGCAGCACUAACGGAGGUGACCAGCCCAUGGCACCGGUCAACGGGCUGGCCAAGAAGCUCGCCACCAUGUCCGGCCCCGGCUGUGUGGUGGCGGUGAAUGGCGACAAGCAGUCCACAGACUCCCAGUCUCAGAACCUGCCCUUGGGUUCUGGGACCUUGGCGGCUACCUUAUCGGGGCAUAUCCCGGCGAAAGGGACCCUUAAACAGAAGCAUUCUUCUGGGGUUUCUCAAAAUACAGACGGUAAAAACCUUGAACUACCAGUGCUCCAGCCUAAUUCACUUUUCCCCUACACUCACGACAACCCUAACUCCACCGAACAAGUGAAUUUGGAGGAGGCUGAUUCACACAUGACUACCGGUCAGCCACAGGGUUUUGAUAGGGAGAGACCCGGUAGCAGUCAGCAGGGCUCCCCGCCUUGCACACUUGCACCGCAGCCUCCUGUACCCUGUACCUCUUCCUCGGACAGCCUUGACGCUCACGUAAAGGAGCGCACCCUUCUUAACAGCAGCCGCCAAUCAGAGAUCGAAAGCCGGCUUCGGCGCCUGCGCAAACGCCUCCAGGUUGUGCAGGCCAAGCAGGUGGAGCGGCACAUCCAACAGCAGCUUGGGGGCUUCUUGGACUCAGCUCUCAACCGGCUUCUGGUCAGCAACCGCAAGUCGGAGACGGCAACCCCUACCGCUACAUGGAGGACCGGGCGUCACUCUUCCUCCAACAGCAGGGACGGCCUCGGUCGCUUCCUGAAAAGCGGCUCCAUGCCCCUGGAGCUGGAGAGGCUGUAUCUGAGCGGCUCGGCUAACCUCCACUCUGCAGAAAGCGCCUUUGACUCCGAUGUGACAGAGAGUAGCUCUGGAGGGGACUCCGACCUGGAGGAGGAGGAGCUGACCAGAGUUGACAUUGAGCAGCGACAUGUCAAAAUAUUUAAGCGAGCAGAGAGCCGUUACACCGUGGAGAGAGCCGCCAUCAUCAGCCACUGGAACUGGCUGCAGGCACACAUCUCGGACCUGGAGUACCGCAUUCGACAGCAGACGGACAUCUACAGACAGAUCCGUGCCAGCAAGGGCUCUGUGGAGCUGGGAGGCGGCUCCCCCAGCGGAGGAGCUGCCUGUGGGACCGCAGUGAAGGCGGAGCCUGCAAACGCUCAGGAUGUUGGUUCAGAGCGGCUGGAGCACACGGGCGCCGCCCACCUCCCCAACACAGAGCCCGGCCCGUGGAAAGGUCAAAACACACAGCCGGUUAACGGAGUCCUCAGCAGGAUGGCGGAGGGGGGCGACGCCAAGCACCAGCAGCCGUCGGCCUACGACAGCACGUGCACGGCCUCGCGCACGAGGCCGCUGGUGAGCUGCCGACGGAGACGGCUCAUUCAGCCCAGCGGCGUGCCCAACCUCAACGGCAAGGCCCAGAGGAGCAGCUGUGUCCAGUGUAACUGCCGGGUGAACCCCAGCUGUGUGAUGUGCGGUGGCUGGCCCACCGCCAGAGAGGACCCCCAGUACGAGCAGCCCACCCUGGAGCGCCUGUCGAGACUGGAUCUUGGCGUCCACCCCAUCCUCUCCUUCCCCGAUGAUGUUUGUAUUGGCCUUCGUCUGCAGCAGGUGAUGAAGAGCCAGUGGCAGGCCAAGUCUUUGGAGAGGAGCAAACCCCUGAAGAAGCUCUCCCUCAAACACAAGCUGUCCUCGUCCAAAGAGAAGCACAAGUUCACCAACUCGCUCAUGGCAGUCAGCGUUGCAGGAUUGGGCCACUAUAAGAACCGCGCUGAGAAGCCGAGGACGGUGGACAGCAGCGUGGGCGGCGGCGGUGCUCUGAACGCGGCCCGGGUCGAGGGCCAAGCCGUGUGCAAGACGGAGCGGCUGCAGGGCCUCUCCACGCCGCUAGGGCCCUACGACAAGAACUACGGCCGUAAAAGAUUGAGAGAGCACUCGCUGGACAGGGCCGACACCUCCCCUAAACUUUUCAUGGACUCCAGCGGCCCCUGUCCCAUGCUGGCCAACAUGCACCCGUCCCUCCACAGCCCCCUCACACGCCAGCUGUCCACGUCUUCAGAGAACUCCACGCCACUGGGCCAGAGCAUCCAGAGCACACCUCAGCAGCCCAUCAAGAGGAGGCGAGGUGAAAGCUCCUUCGACAUCAACAACAUUGUGAUCCCCAUGUCUGUGGCCGCCACCACCCGGGUGGAGAAGCUGCAGUACAAAGAGAUCCUCACACCCAGGUGGCGAUCAGUGGACAUCUUCUGUCAGCACAUCACCGAGGAGGAGGACGAGCGGGAGGUGGAGGACCUGACGGAUGCGGCCUUCACUGAGCUCCACCAGCCCUAUGAGGACCAGGAGCGAUCCCGCUGGACCUGGAUGGCCCUGGCUCCUGCUAAUAGGCGGGGCAGCAGGUCGUAUAAGUCUGUGGACGGACGCACCACGCCACUGCUGUGCGGGACCAACCCCCCCACCCCUCAGCCGGCAUCCCCCGACCCGGGCCACUGCCCUCUGCUCCACGACUACAGCCACCUGCCGUCGCCCAUGAGCCCGCCCAGCCCCGACACCGCCUCCAACCCCCACACGCCCUGCUCCAGGGACUCGCACCGGCUGCUGUCCAGUGAGGACACGCGCUGCUCCACGCCCGACUUCACCUUUGAGGAGAGGACGGUGGCGCCGUGGGAGCGGCGAGGCUUCCCCCUGCCGGAGGACCCCGCCCCGGAGCCGGAGAGCGACGAAGUCAGGCCCAGAAUGCGCAGCAUCUCAGGUUGCCGAGCAACGGCCUUCGGGCGGCUAGAUUCGGACGACAUGGAGAUGCCUUUUGACGACGACAGCGGCACCAAACACAAGGCCUCCUCCACCGCCCACCGAUAAAUGACUGAUAAGCUGAGGUCCCCCCCAUCACCACCGCCUCCCCCUCCUCCACCCACAGCUCCUCUCUGGCAUUAACAAGCAGAACCUCAAAGCGGAAUAAAAAUAUUAAAUGGGUUCCUGUUGUUUGAUAUUCAAACAUCAGUCUAAUACUUUUCACAGUUUUUAGUGAACAUUAUGGAGAUAGAAGCCUUCCUUACACUUGUUUUGUCACAGGAAAAAAAGGAUAAAUGUAAAAAAAAAGUAUAAAACAACACAUUACAAAAAAAUGUUUUCUGUAGUAGGCUAAACAAUGUACAUGGGGGCUUAGUGGUGUUUCAUACGUCGCGUGUACACUUGUAGCGCACUAUGUAGCGGACUUCUCAAAAUAUGGCCAAAGGGUGUUUUCUAUUGACUAGUUUGCUUGUAAUUCCCAUGUACAUUUUUAGUGGAGUGACAAAUUACAAAACAAGAAAAAAUACCACCCCUUCCUCCUCCUGCUCCUCCUCGUCCAAAUAAACAGGUACAUUUGAGAUGUGGUUCCCUUCUUCUCCCUCUAGAGGUCGCCUGAAAUCACCAGAGCACUUCUCCAACUGCCAAGUUCUGUUUGCUUUUGUUUUCAUUCCUGACGUCUUUGUGUCUGUAACACAUUCUUUGUGUUUUCUUUUUUUUUUUAAAUAGUAAAAAUCAUUCCUUAGUCCACAGCUCUGCCUCUUCAGUUUUAUUUUUUUAAAGAGUGGUGGCACACACAGAGAGAGCUGGGGCGUCUUUUGAGCACUUGCCCUACAGUAAAGCGCUGCUGCAUGCUGCAAAAACAUGCUAAUGUUAGUCUUAUCACAACGAGCGAUACACUUAUUUAAAAAAGAAGAGAUCGACACUGGAGGGGAGAAGGGGAGGGGUUGAACAAUCCGCUAGUUAAUUCACUGUCAGCCUACAGUCGUUACUUUAUUAAGUUAAAUUGUGGUAAAAGAAAACGAUAAUGCCCCCAGACUUCCUUUUCCGUCUGGUUGUCCUGCAGACAUUUGAAAUGUAGCGGCCCUCAGCUGGAAGCCCCCCCGCCCGCCCCUCAUCCUCCCGAGCUCAGGUUUUUCAAUUGAAGGGAAUAUUUUCUGCCGUUAUGCCGUCAUAUCCAGACUACUCUCCUGCCAGAUGGAUUUUUUUUUUUGUAUGUGUGUGUUUGUCAUAACCACACCCUUCCUCCCCUCAACCCCCCCCCCCUGCCCCCACACACCACCGUAAGUAACUAAUUGCUAUGCAAAAAAAUACUGGUUGUUUUCAUUUGACACCUCCGUUUUAUGCCACAGCCAUUCAAUCACUGUUUUUUGUUUUCGUAGUUUAAGCAAGAUGUCAAUGUACCUGUUUGAUUGUUGCAGCAAUUAACCUAAUCAAAAAGCAGAUUUGUUUGUUUUUGUUUUUUGUAAAUAGUACCAUUAAAACAUUUAUGUUUAACUUGG